CGCUCCCUCAGACUCGUCAGUCGUGUGUCGUUCGUUAUGCUGUACUGAUCAGUCUAGUGUGUGAAGUGUUGUGUCACGAAAGUCCUUCAUUGAGGGAUAUUGUUGCCUACUUACGAUGCAGCAACAAGUUCGUGUCUUGGCCGGUGUAAUGAUCGCUUGUUCCCUAGUCACCUGUCUUCUCGCUGUUCCGGCGACGUUGUCUCGCCAGAAGAGGUCGUUCUACGAUCUACAGUGUAAAGGUGUCUACGACAAAAGCAUCUUCGCCAGGCUCGACCUAAUCUGCGACGAUUGCUACAACCUCUUUAGAGAGCCUCAGCUUCAUCAGCUGUGUAGAAAAAACUGUUUCACAUCGGACUAUUUCAAGGGAUGUCUGGAUGUGCUUCUACUUCAAGAUGAAAUGGAGAACAUACAAACAUGGAUAAAACAGUUACACGGGGCAGAACCUGAAGUUUAGAAAAGACUGCUUCACAAGUGAUUACUUUAAGGGUUGCAUCGAAGCGCUUUUGCUGAAGGACGAAUCUGGGGAGAUCUUGGAGAUGGUGGAAACCCUGGGCCGUUAGGAGCUGCAUUCUAGUCUUGUCCCCAAAACCUCACGGUCCAAUCCUCGACUUACUCCUUCUUUUAACUUAUUUAUUUAUUAGCCUAAGUUCUUGGAUGUAAAAUACGUAAUUAAUUUGUAUCAAAGUUUCAACAAUGUUUCAAAUUCAAAACUGGAUAUAAUUGGUUUGCGCCCCCAUGUGCCGUAAAUGCACAAAAACUACUUCCCAUUGUAUAAUAAAUAGUUUUACUACGGUAUACGAAUGUAUUCUGUAAGCCUUCUGAUCAUUCCAUUCAGUAAAUACUAUCAGUAUUUUUGGAGUCUCUCCCAGUGAAUCUUAGAUUUAGAGCAAAGUACAAGUUCGUUUAUACUCUAGUACAAAGCCUUAUAACUGAGGAAUGUCCGAUUGCCUUAGUCCGAUCAAAUUAACAAUUGUGCCUUUUAAAAACCCUCCUGAAUUCUCGAUUGGCUAAGUACGAUCAUCACCUACUGUAUCACAGGAUAACUAACAGUUGUUAAACAAUAUUGUUAGCGCUUUAUUGUUAUGAAUUAGUUUUAAAUUUCUGUUUAGGUUCGAGUUACCAAUUGUUUAAGUUCAUUUUUGGCACAUCUUAGCACUCUUUUGGAAUUUUUCAUUGUUUAGAAAUCACUAAAUUUAAUGUCGGAUUGUAUAAAGGGUUACAUGGUGUUAGUUAAGUCCAGUUAUGUGCCAAAUGUUAGGUAGGUCGGAUGCUCCAAUUGUAUUUUUCUAUGAUUAUACGAACAUGUCCUCCGGACGUGAACACAGUAUUAGUAGUCAGGCUUCUCAGCCGAGCACAUUAUUUUGUAUAAAAUCGAUCGUGUGAAUGGGAGUGUGUAGUUAUUUAAUUUAUUUAUGAUUAUGUUAAGUUUUUUUAUACAGAAUGCUAAUUUUAUUUAUAAACAUAAUGAUUGUUUUAAACAAAGACAUGUAAGAGUGUUAUGUGAUCGACAGAAUGUGUGAAUAUUUAAUGUUUAAGUUUGUGUUUGUAUCAGUUUCAUGUCUGCACAUAUGCACAUAUUUUGUACAUUUUAUUUCAGCAGUUGAGUAUUAAUCAUUUGUACUUAUUGUUUGUUACAUAGUACAAUAGUGUAAUAUUUAUUGUUCAUAAAAGAACUGUAUCAUACA